GCCAUAGCCUCGGAAAACCUCUCCUCCUCUUGUUACCAACUCAGAGGGAGACCUCGUCGGAUCUUGAAUUCUUGUGACGUAUAAAUCGAACACCGGCGUCGUCCCUCCGCGGAGAGACUACCCAACAGAAAGGAGAAGAGAAGUAGGGACGAGGAAGAAGGAAUGGCGGCGGACAACGUUCCUCCUCUGGACGAGAAGGCGAAGCGGACGCGGGAGCUGCUGGCGAGCUUCUAUUCCCCCGAUCCCUCCUCCGCCGCCGCCUCCUCCCCCCACGCCAAGCCUGCCUCUCUCGACUCCAUCAAUUCCCCUGCCUUCGAUCCGGAUAUCUACAUGGGCCUUCUGGUUCAAAAGUCAAAUUUGGAGGGGCUUCUUCAGAAGCAUGUUGAGAUGGCAGCUGAGAUCAAGAAUCUGGAUACUGAUUUACAGAUGUUAGUUUAUGAAAAUUAUAAUAAAUUCAUCAGUGCCACGGACACUAUAAAAAGGAUGAAAAAUAAUAUUGUUGGAAUGGAGGCAAAUAUGGGGCAACUCCUUGCGAAGAUUACAUCUGUUCAAUCCAGGAGUGACAUAGUGAAUACAUCUUUAUUUGAGAAGAGGGAACACAUAGAGAAGUUGCAUCGCACUCGAAAUCUUCUGCGUAAAGUUCAAUUUAUUUAUGAUCUUCCAACUCGACUUGGAAAAUGUAUAAAAACAGAAGCGUAUGCAGAUGCAGUGAGGUUUUUCACUGGAGCCAAGCCAAUUUUUGAGGCAUAUGGGGAUUCAUCCUUCCAAGAUUGUAAGAAGGCAUCUGAAGAGGCAAUGGACUUAGUCAUUCAGAACCUUCAGGCAAAGAUUUAUUCGGAUUCUGAACCUAUUGAAGCAAGAGCUGAAGCUGUUGUACUUUUAAAACAGCUUAACUUCCCUGCUUCCAUUGGCAAAAUUUCUAAGACAGUCCGUGCAUAUCUUAUAAUUUUUCCGGACUCAGAAAAACGCCUUAUUGAACUUGCCCAGGACUUGUUUACCAGGUGUUAUGAAAGUAUUCAACAGAGCAUAAAGAAAAGAAUGCCAUCAGCAGACCUAUUGGCAAUGCUGCGAAAUAUUGCGGAAGAUGUGACUCUGAUGGACAAUGUAUUGUCUGAGGCUGCUCUCCCUGCUUUUUCUUUGGAGCUGGAAGCUGUUGCAGUUGAAGUUAGACAGAUUUUACCUCGUGGGAUUAUUCGAAGGCAUCGGCAUUCUGACAGCACAGGAAGUACUAAUUCCUCUCGAAGCAAUCCAAUGCGUGAAGAUAAAUUAACCCGGUCAAAUACACAACGUGCUAGAAGCCAAUUUUUGGAAAGUCAUCUUGCAAAAUUAUUUGAGCAGAAAAUGGAGAUUUUUACAAAAGUUGAAUACACACAGGAGUCAGUUCUAUCAACUAUAGUAAAACUCUGCCUAAAAAGCUUGCAAGAGUUUGUACGGCUCCAAACAUUCAAUCGAAGUGGAUUCCAGCAGAUUCAGUUAGAUAUUGAAUUCCUGAAGAAUCCCUUGAAAGAGUUUGUUGAUGAUGAGGCAGCCAUAGAUUUCCUCCUAAAAGAGGUAAUCAGUGCUUCUCAUGAGAGGUGCCUUGACCCAAUUCCCUUGGAGCCCCCGAUAUUGGACAAGCUCAUAAAUGCCAAGUUGGCCAAGAACAGGGAGCUGAGCUCAAAUUCCCAUUCCCGUUGAACUUGGAAAAAUAGAAUGCCAGAACCUAAUCAAGGCCAAGGGGCCUUUGGUUUAUUUGUAAAGCAUCUCCCGAUAAUGUCGGAUGGGCGACCAUAUUAAAUGCAGCAUUCACUCUGUUCAUGUGCCCUUAUUGUUUAUAUUAUAUGUGCGUUUUAUCAGAAUCUUUAAAAGUUUGUCAAAGAAUUUCCAGGAGGAUGACUUGAACUAGCGCAACUUGCCUGGCUUUCUUUUCAAGGGGAAAUGCAGGCAUGGCAUCGGCUAUCUACUCUUCUUACUGCAUACAAACAGAUAACCAGACUUUUUACUAGUUUAAUGCAGAUUCAUUGUAACACUUUCUUAUUCGAGUUGAAAGUUAUUAGAUUGAUCACUUUUUGUAAUCAUUUUUGUUAUAUAAAUCAUUCUUUCUUGUCUUCAAUCUAAUACUUCCUCUGGACUGCGCAUUA